CGUAGGUACUUUCUUUUGCGCCCCUUGUCUCUGCCGCGCCUUACCCCUGGCCCUAGUCCUUUUCCCACGCGCGGACCAUCGCCGGUCCUCACACACUCUCUCUACCUGCCCUCCUCCCUUGCGAGAACCCAACCUAUCGCUUCCUCCCCCACCACACGCCGCCCGCCGCUGUCAGCUCCCGCCUCGCGCCUCUCCCUCGCUCAGCCUGCCGGAUUGGCCUGACGCCCCUCCCUUCCCUUCCAUCUCCCCCACACUCCGUCCAGCGACCAACCUCACGUCGCCGGCCGGCCAUCCGGCCGUUCGCCCCGGGCGUGCCACAGGGACGCCGCACCGGCUCCCAAAACGCAGGGCGAUCGUCCGCUGCCCUACCUCCCCCCCGGUCCCUGGCCUAAUCUCUCACGAUGCAGCUUGUGUCUUACCCUCGCAGCUCCGCGGACGUCGACACGAGGAGAGCGUCCCGGGCUUCUGCUCUCCUCGGCGAGACAGCAAAUCUCCCCCCUUCCUCGGCGCCGUCAAGGUGUCGUCCGUAGUUGUAGUGGCAGGGUGGGGAGGGGAUCCGAGCCAUGGCGGCCCUGUCGAGGGACUCACCUCUGGUCUUCGCUCGGGUUGCUUUGGGGGGCCUCAACGAACGUCCAGAUGGAUAUAAAAGGAGCCCUCGAUCCCUCUCAGAUCCCAUCUUCUUCUCUCCUCAUCCACUCAAGCAUCCAGUCUCAAGCAUCUCCAGCGCCUUCUUUCGCUCAACAGCAUCACUUUCGUUCCUUCAACGACCUAAUCCACCCCCAACAACUUUCAAAAUGAAGUUCUUUGUCGCUAUCCUGGCCCUUGCUGCCACCGCCAUCGCCGCUCCCACCGAGUGCAAGAGCUGCCACAAGGAGCCUUCCCACGAGCACAAGCCUGAGCACAAGGAGCCCAGCAACAACAAGGUCGGCAACGUCUGCCAGAGCCACCAGACUGUCGUGUGCCAGGGCCAGGGCAACGGCGGCCUCCUCUCCCUCGGCAACAUCCUGCCCGGUGCUCUGGGCCAGAGCUGCUCCGGUGGCGACGUCUACUGCUGCUCGCACGACGAUGUCAAGCAGACCGGCCUCAUCAACCUGGACCUGAACGUCCAGUGCUCCCUCACCCGCUUGCUGUAAGCGCCGGAGCCUAAUCGGAAGCUUGUCCUCGCCGCAGAGGCCGGGUGAACAAAGGCCUGGUGUGCUUGUGCUGGAGCUUAAUUCGUGGUCGUCUCUCCUGGUCGUCCGCGGACGGUGGACCGGUGCAGCAGCCCUGUUCAAUACAGGCGCGAGCUACUUCUUCUCUUCUUGGCUCCUCGUCUUGUACUUAGAUUUUCAUUUAAUCACAUAUUAG